CGAAGCCCUGUCCCGUUGCCUGCAGUUCACAAAACUUCUCCGACAGAGAGCAAGCAGCUGAGGAGAAGUUCUUGGGAAGCCCUGCGAGCCUGCGAAGGCAGCGCCCGGUGACAGCUGAGGGCUUCGGGGGGCCGGAGACCCCUGGGAUCCUGUUGAGGACAUUCAUGCCGAACUCCGUGAAGAGGGAACACGCGUGCUGGCUGUGGCCGAGCCUCGGCACCUGUGAGAAUCCGUCCGAGCGCUCGCCUCGAGCCCUGUGCCUGCGGGAGGACCUCACCUUCGGGCUGCGGUGGUGGUGACCCCGUCUGUGAGGUAAAAUAUCAAGAGAACAUGGCUCACCUGGGUGAAUGUAAAUGGACUCACGUGUUCCCUUUUCUGGUGGUUUCCUUGGUGUACUCUGCCAGUGCUGAAUACUCCAACUGCGGUGAGAAUGAAUACUACAACCAAACCACUGGCAUGUGCCACGACUGCCCCAAAUGCGAGCCGGGUGAAGAGCCAUACAUGACAUGUGGGUAUGGCACCAAAGAUGAGGACUAUGGCUGCAUUCCCUGCCCGUCAGAGAAGUUUUCUAGAGGAGGUUACCAGAUAUGCAGAAGGCACAAAGACUGUGAGGGAUUUUUUCGAGCCACUGUUCUGACACCAGGAGAUCAAGAGAAUGAUGCAGAGUGUGGGCCUUGUCUCCCAGGUUACUACAUGCUGGAAAACAGACCUCGAAACAUAUACGGAAUGGUUUGCUACUCAUGCUUGUUGGCACCUCCUAACACCAAAGAAUGUGCAGGGGCUACCUCUGGCAUUUCAGCCAUUUUCCCAAGCACCUCUGGCACAAGUACCUUCUCACCUUACCAGCAUGCUCACAAAGCAGACCUUUCAGGACAAGGACAUCUGGCUACAGCUCUGAUAAUUGCAAUGUCUACCAUAUUCAUAAUGGCAAUUGCCAUUGUCCUCAUCAUAAUGUUUUACAUUGUGAAAACCAAACCUUCUGCUCAAGCCUGUUGCAAGAGCCACUCAGUAAAAAAUGUCGAAGCUCAGGCUAAUACACAAGAAGAGAAGAAAGAAGUACAAGAUAAUGUUGUGAUAUUCUCUGAGAAAGAAGAAUUUGAAAAACUUACAGCAACUCCAGCUAAGGCUGCUAAAAGUGAAAAUGAUGCAUCUUCUGAGAAUGAACGACUUCUAAGUCGUAGCAUGGAUAGUGAUGAAGAAGCUGCAGUUGACAAGCAAGGGACACCAGAGAGAUGCUUGUUAUCUUUAGUGCAUUUGGCCAGAGAUAAAUCUUCUACAAGCAAUAAAUCAACAGGGAUUCAAAGUCGAAGGAAAAAGAUACUUGACGUGUACGCUAACGUAUGUGAUGUUGCAGAAGGCCUGAGCCCUACGGAGCUGCCGUUUGACUGCCUGGAGAAGACCAGCCGAAUGCUCAGUUCAACAUACAACACCGAGAAGGCCAUAGUGAAAACGUGGCGUCACCUUGCUGAGAGCUUCGGGUUGAAGAGGGACGAAAUUGGUGGCAUGACAGAUGGCAUGCAGCUGUUUGACCGCAUCAGCACAGCAGGCUACAGCAUCCCGGAACUGCUCACCAAACUGGUACAGAUUGAGCGGUUGGAUGCUGUCGAGUCUCUGUGUGCAGAUAUCUUGGAGUGGGCACAAGCAAUGCCUGCUCCUGAACCAGCAGUGACCUCCUGAUGGGCCUGGCUGGGGCCUGUGCUCCCACAACACCUGUGAGAACAAUGAUCCCAGCCAGCCGCACAUUGGAGACUUUGGACAAGAGACCCUUGACAUUUCUUCUACGUAAUCACUCCUGGUAACCAACGGGAAGCUUUUCUCUUUUACUUCUAAGAAAAUGAAGUUAUACAUCUACUAAAACAAGAACAGAAUUCUCCCAAGAAGCUUGGUAUGAAACAGGUGGCGAAACAAAAAAAUUAUGUUUUUUUCUGACAAUAAGCAGACACAAAAACAUGAAUUCUGCAGCCUGUUUUUGAGUAUAUGUGCAGAUAUGACUGCUGCUGCCCUUCCUGCCUGGUUUGCAAGCUGUUGAGUUGCUCGCUGGAGAUGGCUCUAUCUCCUGGGGCUUUGGUCAACCAUUGGUCUAACAGUUACAGUCAGCAAUGGCACCACAACCACAGUAUCCAUUAAUACACAUUAGGCACCUACAUUUCUAUCAGCUCUAACACAUUUAAUAUUUAACCAGUUUCAUUUUCUAUAUUCCCUAUGGAUUUAUUAAAUCUAAAAGUAUGUGCAUAGGUGUAUAUACACAGUCCUCAGAUCAACUAAUUAUAGUUAUGAAAAAAAGCUCCAAGAUAAUUUACAGAUGGAAGUGCUUCUAAACGCUGUAUAUAAUGCAUGUAAAUGCACUCGUGGUCCAUACCCUCAUUUCAGAAAUUGUAAAUUCAAACUGCAGACUCUGCAGACAGACCAGUUGGCUAGAGGGCAGUGAUCCCUCACAAGUACAGAGGAGAGGAACAAGUUUUUCUCUUCCUUACUGCCACCAGAAAAAAAAAAAA